UUGGGCAUUGACAACGUUGUUAUGGCGACACGAUUGAGUUCCCGUCUUUGGGCGAGCGUAGCCCGCGAAAGCCAAGCUUGUUUGUAUCACGCGUUCGUGUUGGGCAUUGGCUCAGGCAGGUUGCCGGUGGAGGCUUUUCAGAACUUCCUCCUUCAAGAUGCCUUCUAUCUUCAUGGCUUUCUUCAAUCGUUUGCCUAUGCCAUCACAAAGGUGUCGACGCCGUCUGACUCGAUUACGCUUGUCGCGUUGAUGCAAGGUGUGAAUGAUGAACUCAAACUCCACGCUUCGUACAUGCAGUCAUGGGGCAUUGCCUUGGAUGUGGUCGAGGCAACUGUUCCAACCGCCGCUACUCGCGCAUACGUCGAUUUUCUGCUUUCCACGGCCAAAACGUCGCCAAGUGUGGCUGAAAUUCUGGCGGCGAUGGUCCCAUGCGCUCGACUGUAUGCAUUCCUCGGCCAGAAGGUUCAAGCAGCUCAUCAAGCAGUGCCCUCUGACAAUCGAUAUGCCAAAUGGAUCGACACCUACUCCAGCCCCGAGUUUGAGGCAAGCGCGACGACGAUUGAGCAACUCUUGGACACGGUUGCUCAACGCGACGGCAUCCCCGAGUCAAGAUUGCUUCCUCUAUACACCCGCGCGAUGCAACUGGAACUCAACUUCUUUGAAGCCUACUUCCCCAUGCAUCGCCUUUCAACGAUUAUUCAUCCAAUGUCAAUUGCUGAAAAUGCAAUCGCAUCAAUUAACGCAACAUCCGAAGUUGACCAUACUGGAAGCACGCUGUCUUUUGUGCUGGCACAACGGCAAUCGAUUCCGUUAACGUUGGUGCCUCGAAUGCUGAAGCUCGAUGCCGCCAUUGCGACAUCCGAGCUCCAGGCCCUUGAAGCUGUGUGUAAGUGGAGCCAAUCCAGUGGCGUAAUGGAAACUACAAACACGACGUCGUCCAACGCGUUACGAUUGAGCAUUCCUCGAGUGCUCUGCAUUGCUGGAUCUGACAGUGGCGGCGGCGCUGGUAUUCAAGCCGACAUGAAAGCGUGCACUGCCCAGGGUGUGUUUUCAAUGAGCGCAUUGACAGCCAUCACGGUUCAAGACACGAAGGGUGUUCACGGCAUCCAUAAUAUUCCGCUGGACACACUGGGCGCCCAAAUCACUUGCGUGCUGGACGAUAUUGGCGCAAAUGUGAUCAAGACUGGGAUGCUUGCCUCCGCUGACAUUAUUCGGUGCGUUGUUGACGCGAUUUCCCACCGCAACAUCCCUUUAGUGGUCGACCCUGUCAUGGUGUCGACGAGCGGCCACAGGUUGCUUGAGAUCGAAGCUCACCGAAGUUUGGUCACAAACUUGUUCCCGCUGGCGUUAAUCAUCACCCCGAACUUGCCCGAGGCGUCCAUGCUGUUGGGCAAUCGAGUGAUUUCAACUGUGGACGACAUGAAACAAGCUGCAGUGGACUUGAUGGCCUUGGGCAGUUCCAAGUAUGUCCUGAUUAAAGGCGGACACUUGGAAUCGGAAACAGUCGUCGACGUCCUAUUCGAUGGCGAAUCCUUCGAGCUGUUUUCUUCCCCUCGCGUGCACACGUCGAAUACCCAUGGAACUGGAUGCACUCUUGCAGCCGCGAUUGCUGCCAAUUUUGCAAAGAUGGCGGAUGUCAAACUGGCCGUGCAACUAGCCAUUCGAUAUGUUCAAAAAAUUUUGCAAGGGAGCCGUGACAUCAAGGUUGGCAAUGGUGACAACGGCCCAAUGUUGCAUUGGCUGUGAAUCAAAGUCAAAGA